GUCUCGGUGCAAAAUGUCCUCCGCUACUCGUCCCAAAAUACACUCAGAUCCUCCGCCAAAACGAUCCUCCUUCGCUCUUCGCUACCACGAUUUUGCAGAUGGAAACAGCGAUCUGAGUCCGCGCCCGACUCUAAUCCCCCCUUUCCCCUCUUUCCCCACAACCUCAACAUCCAGAACUCCAUCCAAGCAAACACGCAACUGGGACGCUAUUGAGACAAAUCAAAGAAACCGUCUUCAUUCCUUCACCACCCGCGAACUCCUCAAUCUCGAUGCAAUAACUGAACGCCCAAUGGCUGCAUCUACACUGUCAGAUGUACCUAUUCUCGCUUUACUGCGAAGGACACAAUGGGAUAGUACAGGUAGAUUGUUUGGAAGAAAAGAGGCGAUUAUUAUCGACGACUGGGGACAAAGUAGAGAAGAAGAAGGUGGGAUGUAUGGAAGUUGGAAUUCACAGAACGAAUAUGUAUGGGAAGCCUUGCGGCCAAUUUUAACGAUUGCAAAUCAGUAUUUGUUAUCGAGUCAUAUGUUACCUUGGUUUGACGCUUUACUUAUCAGCCCUCGCAGACCCGUACCACCUGAAAGGAACCUACUCGACGUGCCCGAUCUCCAUUAUUUUUCCCCUCGACACCCAGUUUAUAACAUUGAAGAUACCAAAAGAGCCCGUGAUAAAAUACUAAGUGAUGUCCUCUUGGAUAAAUAUGACAUCUUAUUUUCGUUCUUUGAGCCGGGCAAAAAUCCAUACACAGGGGAGAUUGACACAGACGCCGAUGAGAACAUGUACCCUGAUCAGAACACGCUGGCUUUUGCAGAUAUUCGCUGGAGUAAGCGGAACUCAGGCGAUGAUAAAGAAACUCUAUGUUAUAAUAUUGUACUCAUGCUGAACGUUGAUUUUGUCACUCCAUUGAUUGUAGAUAAAUAUUUGAACCAUGCCGAACGAUACGCAAUAUCAUGGCGAAUAGCCGUUGUAGUAAGUUCAUUUCCGAGCCCCUCAUGCAUACUGGCAUCUAACCAAGUCUGUAAUACUUUCAUAGUAAGCGCUAAUAGAUAAUAGAUUGUACACGAAUUAGUUCAUGCUAUAGAAUUGGUUAGGAAUUACCCCAGUCGAGAGGUUAAAAUGAUCACCCCACCUGCCUCAAUCGAACCAUAUUUCGAAGACGAAGCUUUGGCUGAGCUAGGAUACUCGUACGAAAAUGCCGUGGGUUGGGUGACCCCAUAAUCAAGCUAAAACAAAAACUAUGGAGCAAAUUCUGACUUAUGUAUCAGGUUAAUGGGGGAUACAUAGAAACAAUGCUCAAUGGCACCAUAUGGAAAAACCGCCCUUUAGGCUAUUGGCUGGUCACUCCUUGGCCAACAAUGGAGAUGAUUCUUACCUAUACAUCCUCAAUCGAAAACCCUCAACUCGACGGGGAUCCACAGCCUCCAAAUUAUAAAUACUUACACCCCAUCCCAGUGACUGUUUAUGAAGAUGUACAGUCUAUAUCAUUUUGGGAGCAUGCAGUUAGGCCAUACGGUCAAAAGAUAUUGUACUAUCGAACUAUGAGAUCCAGUGUCGGGAUCAAAGUCGAAGAUGAUUAUGUAUGGGGUAGAGAUGAUAUCACAGGGCGAGUGAAUGUCUCGCCAUUAAGAAACGAGUCCAAAUUAUUUAUAAACGAUUUAGAACGGCUCAAAAACGCAGUGAAUUGUACACCAGAGGAAAAAGAAAUCUUGCAAAUUGGAAAUAAACUAAUAAAGACUGCAGAGUAUGGAGCAGCUUUUUGGUCAGAUUCGAUUGUACAACGACAGAACAUUAACGAUUAUAUUAUGAUGAUCGAGGACAACAAAAUUAACAACCUAAAAGACAACAGCAAUAGAAUACAAAUGUUUAAUAUUUUAAUGAAAGCAACAGAGAAGCAUAUUAGCCUGAUGCAAAAUCAGUUACGUAUCGACGAAUUAAAUCGAAGUAUUUCAUCGGACCGGCGAAUCGACCUUUUAAAGUUCAAUCGGGGAAUGCGAGCACUCAUACAUAGAAUCAAAUUGGAAUGGCAGAUAGAACUUUCAGAUCCGGUCAUUCAUCUCAGUACCAUAUUGAAUCAUUUAGAAAUGGCAUUGAUGUAUAUUUUAGUCCCCGACCAACUCACUCAGCUAGUCGAUACCGAGGACCACAGAGAAAUCAACGUGAUAUCGCAAGCUCGUACCGAGUUUAUCUCAGGAGAUGUUGCAAGUUGCCAAGAAACCAUUUCACGAAUUCACCAGAAUCUAGGUACAUCCUCGUAUGCCAUAACUUGCGCGGGAGUACUAGAUCUAGCUUGUGCUUUUGAAAGUGGUCGCCAGAUAUGGGAUGAUACACAAUGUGAAUUGGCAAAACGAUACUUUGCGAGAAUCAGAUAUUUAAUCGGGCUCUACGAUGGAGGGAAAAGAAAAUGGAUUGAGUUGCUGGGAAGUUGGAUGAAAUUCACUAGAGAUUUAGUGAAUAGUUUAGAUUCUGGAGGAAUGCAUGGAAUUGGGGUACUCACAAUGAGUACAAGAAAGAAAAGAAAGUUCGCGAAAGACAUUGGUGAAGAUGCACCACCGUACAGACACCAGGAGAAAAUUUAGACAAAAAGAAUGCUAAUUCCAAGCCUGGAAUGGAGGGAAAAAACGUUACUCGGGAGGAUUUAUUUCCGGAACACUCCCAUCUCUGUUUGAAGUUGAAAUUUGACGUUCCAAUCUUGAUGGGUAAGAAUCUCGAUGGCAUUCCUGGCCAGACCGUGAGAAAGGGAGGUGAAGCCUAGACACGGAUGCAUAGAGGAGAAGACACCGGCACCACAGCAAGAGCUGGUUCGAUCUAUGUUAGAGAGAAAUUCCUUUUGCUGCUUGGCAGGCUCACUCGGGUUCCCGUCUAAUGUUCAAUCGAUCUCUGUACAUAGAUAUAUGAUUCAGGGAAACUGCGAUAACUAUUUUGUCCAUGUAGUUGAACUUUGGUAUCCUAGUCCGAUUGCUACUUAAGCCGAGGAAACAUAGCGAAACAUUAUGAGAUGCCAUUGACGUUGAAAAAUUCUCACGUCUGCAUAUCCGAGCUCAUAUUGCCUAAUUUUAAAACGUGCUCCGUUA